AUGGUGGAGGAAGUACUACAUUGGUGUGUCAGAGAUGAUGUUGGGCGAGUAGGUGGUGGUGUAGAAGGAGAAGGCGGCUGUGGUGUCUUUGCUGGUGUUGGAGAAGUAUAUAGUGGUGGAAAUGGAGGCGUUGGUGGAAGAGGAGGAGGAGCAAUGAUAAACAAUAGUGUUGGAAGCGGAGGAGGAGGAGGAGGAGGAGGAGGAGGAGGAGGAGGAGGAGGAGGAGGAGGUAUACCCAGCGCCCCAAUAAUCCUCCACGGAAACUUGUGUGUGGGUGUAGCAGUCCGAGGUUACAACAACACUGGGGCACAGGUAUCCAUCAUUCGAGAGGAUAAAAUUCCUUAUGGAGCUCGGGUUGAUAGGCACCAAUUCAUCCCAGUAGAGAGCUUCAACCAUGUCAAGAUGUUCUUGCCUACUGUCCAGUUGAGAGUCACACGACCUCACCGCUCUAAGAUAUGUACCAUGGCAGUAGCAACCUAUAUUCCAGGAGGUUAUGACACCCUGCUAGGACCAGAUUUUACGUCUCCUCCUACCUUUGUACUGUCUCAGAGCCUCCACCCUUAA